AUGUCUCUGGAGGUUAUGACCAUCCUCUGUCGCUGCGAGAAUAUCGAAACGUCGGAGGGUGUUCCCCUGGAUGUGACAGGGGUGGCUCAGGUAAUGCACUUCAAAAGACGAAAAAAAACCAAAAAAAACAAGCAGUGGCUGGUGCUGGAGACCAAAGGAAGACCCAGGAGCAAGGUUCAACUAACAAGCUAACGUUGUCUAUGUUGUUUGCUUUUUCUCAUCUUCAUGGCCUUUUUUCCUUCUGCAGUGGAGAGGAGACAGUCAGCUGUCACUAACCCGGCUCAACUCUGAGUCACCUCUGGCAACGGGGUCAAUAAAUGAAGGUUAUAGAAAUGGUUAAAAAAGGGAUUUGAGGAACCCAAUGUACAAUGCGAAUUGAGUUAUUUCAAUACCGAUGCAUUUAAAAAUAGUUACGGCAAAAAUCCAAAUCCCACAGUUUGAAUUGUGGGUGGCGUCUCAUUUUGCUCCGUUGUUAGUGAUCUGGAGUCCUUGGGUGAAUGGUUUCACUUUGUCCUGUUUCUUUCCUUGUGUUCUGGCCCUUCCCUUCAUUUUGCUUUCCCCUUCCGAACAUGUCACUUUUUUAUUUUAUAUUUUUUCCACGUUCUUCAACAGGAUAACGCUUGAGAUUAUGACCCUGCAGCCGAAGUGUGAUGAUGUAGAGACAGCGGAGGGUGUAGCUAUUACUGUCACUGGGGUGGCUCAGGUGAAGGUGAUGACAGAAAAUGAGCUGCUGGGUUACGCCUGCGAACAGUUCCUGGGGAAGUCGGUGGUUGAGAUCAAGAGCGUCAUCCUGCAGACCCUCGAGGGUCACCUGCGCGCCAUCCUUGGCACCCUCACCGUCGAGCAGAUUUACCAAGAUCGAGACAAAUUCGCCACUCUGGUGCGAGAGGUGGCCUCACCCGAUGUGGGCCGCAUGGGCAUCGAGAUCCUCAGCUUCACCAUCAAGGAUGUGUAUGAUAAAGUGGAUUACCUGAGCUCACUGGGCAAAGCUCAGACAGCCGCAGUCCAGAGGGAUGCAGACAUCGGAGUGGCGGAGGCAGAGAGGGACGCUGGCAUCAGGGAAGCUGAGUGUAAGAGGGAAAUGAUGGACGUCAAGUUCUUAGCUGACACAAAAAUGGCUGACUCCAAACGAGAGCUGGAAAUGCAGAAAGCUUCCUUUAAUCAGGAAGUGAACACAAAGAAAGCAGAGGCUCAGCUGGCGUACGAGCUGCAGGCGGCCAAAGAGCAGCAGAAGAUCCGUCUGGAGGAGAUUGAAAUCGAGGUGGUGCAGAGGAAGAAGCAGAUCAACAUCGAGGAGAAGGAGGUCAUCCGCACUGAAAAGGAGCUCGUGGCCACCGUGAAGAGACCCGCCGAGGCGGAAGCCUACAAGAUGCAGCAGCUGGCUGAGGGACAGAAGAUAAAGACGGUGCUGAUGGCGCAGGCAGAGUCCGACAAGAUCCGCCUCAUCGGCGAGGCCGAGGCCUCCUCUAUUGAAGCCGUGGGCAAGGCAGAGGCCGAGAAGAUGAGGCUGAAAGCGGAAGCCUACCAGCAGUACGGCGAGGCGGCCAAGACUGCUCUGGUCCUGGAGGCUCUGCCCUUGAUUGCCAGUAAGGUGGCUGCACCGCUGUCCAGGACCAGUGAGAUUGUCAUCCUGAGCGGAGAUGGCAGCCGCGUGACCGGAGAGGUGAACCGUCUGUUAGCUGAGCUCCCCGUGUCCGUCAACGCCCUCACUGGAGUGGAUCUGACUAAGAUCCCUCUGCUCCAGAAGAUGAUGAGCUCACAGUGCCAAUCAGCCAUCUGAAGAAUCAGGCCAGAGACUCGUCACUCUGAAUCCUUCGACAUUUAUCUGCCUCAAGCAUGAUUUUUUUUUUUUUGAGGAGUCACCCUCUGACCCCUUAUGCAACUGCCUUUGACCAGAAACACUUGACAUCCACCAAGAAGUUUUAAAAAAAUAUAUAUAUUUUUAAGAGGUUUUUUUUUUUUAUUUUCUAAAGGAGAAUAAAUCUGGGGCCUUAACUUCCAAAGGACCAGACUAUAUGUAUCUUCUAUUGUUUUUUGUUCUAGACGCAUCGGUCCUUAUCACACUGCACUAGUUGUCUACGAUUGUAUGCUGCAAUCCCGUUCAGUCAUCCAAAACAGACUCGGGUGUUUUUAAGAGACAAAAGUCUGAGCUGGCUCACUUUCAACGUGUUGGUGUGAAACACUAUUUUUAGAAGGAGAAAAAAAACACUGGAAACAGUCUAAAACAUUAAGACCAAAUCUGAAUAUUGUUGUCUUCUCCGGACCCGCUUAGGUUUCUGCCUGAAGUUUGGUGUUCGGGUGUGUGUUCACCUCGGGAGCAGAGUGUCCCAGCUCCGGCCCCGUCGCCCUCAAACAGCAGUCAGUUAGUGAAGUAACUUGCAGUAGACUGUGCCCGGUGUGGAAUAGUGCAGCUUUCAUUUCCCCUUUGCUUUUCAUUAGACAACUCUAACUCUAUUACACUUAAUGCUCCCCAGCCCCCCCCCCCCCCCACUGUGAUUGUAGAAUUUUUGCAGCGUAUUACAAUAUCGGUAACAUAUGAAUCACCCGUAUGAUCGUUCUGACCUCACAGUACACCGUCAUGUUGUCUUCUCGUUCUGAUGUGCAGUGCCUGUUCACCACUCAAGUGCCCAAACCUUAGGACGGUGGUUUGGUUUUAGUAUGUCACUGUGUUAUAGAUGGAUGAUGUUUUAAUAUUGCUCCCUGUUUUCCUGACAUCUGCUUAUACUAACAACCGUGUUUACUCUUCACUUUUGUCCCGUGUUUAGACACCUAGGCAGAUACAAACACUAAGCAAACACAUAAGACGAAGCCAUACUUAGAGAAGAUUAGCCUUAAAAGAUAACCCCGGACGCCUGCCAGGCCUACUGAACGUUUCUUUAUAUCUCAAGGUAGCACAUGGUAGACGUUCAGGGGCUGAGCUUUAAUUAAUUUUGUAACCCUCCGACUCGGAUGUGGUGACGUGUUUUCUCCGAAGUCGUUUUAAAACGUUCACUUUUUUGCGGACUGUGUGCGUGUUUUGUAACCUUUUAAGACGUCCCUGCGGGUCCGAAAGUUGCCGCUGUCUCUCUUAUCUGACCACACCCGAUCUGUGAUGACAAAGCAGGAAUAAGAUGCGACGUUCGGUCGGUCCGCACCUCGUUAAGUUGGAAGAUAAGCAUGUGAUCGGGUUGUAAACACGUGCGUGGUGUUUGUGCUCGGGAGGGCUUCAGUUUGGUAAAGGUAACCAGCAGUUGGACUGUUUACUUUUUCCUGCUGCAGCAGCAUGUAAACCUAAGUGAAGCUUAAACUCUCUUUUUUUUUUUUUUUUUUUCCUUGCCUUCAAAGGCCACAGCAUUUCAACCCUUAUUUAGUUACUCUUCAACAUGAAUGAGCCUUUUGUUGUUAGAUAUUCGAACAUUUCAUUUUCAUAUCACACUUUUUGCCGCAUCAUCCAACCUGCUUGCAGUGAAGUAGGGCUGCCCCCUUUUUUUCCAUUUUGUGUUUUGUCUUCUGGGCUAAUCGUGAAUCAUCAUUAACCACUCUACAGAAUCUGUGAUCUUUUUUUAAAUGUGUUGUUCUAAUCUUGCCACUGACGUUACGAAGUUAUUACAGUCGCACCGUUUUCUUUACCUUCUGUGAAUAAACAUGAGGCUCGUGGCUCGAAAUUUCACCUGGUUUCUGUUUUUGACAAAAAUGUUACAAUUCCCGCCAAGUUCCAACGUAUGUCUCUUUUACUAAUGCCGUGAAAUUGCUGCCUUGUUUUGUGCAGAUACAAUAAUACUAUUAACAUGUAGACGUGUAAUAUUCUUCAUCAUUUGAAAUGGGCCAGUAUUUUUAUAACCAGCGAUUGGCAACCGCUUAUAUCAGUCAUUAGCCAAGAUCGCCGCCGCCUCGUUUUUCAAACUGAGAAGUCACAGCAGCCAGCAGUCGACGCUUCAGUGUUGUCUUUUAGAGAUCGAGACAAAUGUCAUUUUUCAAUCUGCUGCGCGCGACAGAUGGCUGACAGUUCUCAUCAUCAUCAUCAUCCGGCAAGAAACACACAGCGGCUGAUCUGCAAAUGUAAAACUACCCACUCACUGUAGUUUCUGAAUACACUUAAGAUGACAAGUGGAGCAGUUGCAGAAUCGUCUGACAGUUUAAAAAGUGGCCACUCCCAUGAUGUGUUUUUUUUUUAUUUUUUUUAACAUAUCUGAGAUUAAUCAACUGUGAGUGUUUGUUUCCAGCCUGGCGUGAGGUUAACUCAUCUAAAUAGUCUGGUUAAACACUUUGUAAUGCUCCUUUUAUUGAUUUUGUUUUUGUACACAGUGCCUUUGUUGGAUAAUAAAGAGGUCGUUGUAUCGGGAAUUUACUGUAAAGCAAAGACUGGCUUAUAGAACAUCUGAACGUUAUACGUACAGUGUUCAUCUGUACGUUGUUUGUUUUUCUUCCUGCUUUUUCUGUUUUAACUUUACAUUCUGUGAUACAAAAGUACAAAGGAACACUCACGAAAAUAUAUAUAUAUAAUUAAAUGAUAGAUAUAAAUAUAGCAUUUAAUAGAUUCACCUUUAAAAUCUGGUGUUUCAUUUAUUUGGCCGUUAUAUUUUGUGCCAAAAAUAAAAUGUCUUGAUUUGUCUAAUAAGAAAAGAGGCAACUUUGUGUUGCUCAAAGUGAAAUGUUGGAGAACGUGAUUAAAGACCAAACA